GCCCCCAUUGAGGAUGAGUAUGACAAGAUUGUCAGUGAAGGUCAUCAUGCACCCCAGUUACAACAGCCACACUUUUGCCUUCUACCCCGACCAACUGUUCUGCCUGGAUCUCCCCAUCCUGAGCAGCAGCAGCUGCAACAGCGCCUAUCCUGGACAGAUCACCUCCAACACGUUCUGCGCUGGCUUCAUGAAGAGGGGCAAGGACUCUUGCCAGGGAGACUCCGGUGGCCCCAUGGUGGGCAACGGGCAGCUGCAGGGUGCUGUGUCCUGGGGUUACGGCUGUGCCCAGAGGAACAAGCCUGGUGUCUACGUCAAGGUCUGCAACUACAACUUCUGGAUCAGCAGCACAAUGUCCUGCAACUAA